GACAAUAAUGGUUACCGCGAGGCGAGAUCUCGAAAUCAUUUCUAACGGGUAAUCGUUAUUCAAAAUAUCUUGGCUAUCUUCUUUCUCAUUGCUUUAUUCUCUCUUAAAACAACCAUUUCUUUUUCUUUUGUUUCAGCACAUCACAUCUUGUCAAGCUAGUUUCGUCAAAUUUUCAAGCCAUGGAUGCCUUUACUCCAGCACAGACGACUGAGCUCGUCUCGCGCAUCGGUGCCAAAAAAGCCCGUAUGAGAAUUGAUAAAAUGUUCAUCAACUCUUUUAUGGGAGGAUGUCUCAUUUCUUUUGGAUGCGCUCUCUCUCUCUCCACCAGUUCUUCCCCGUGGUUUCAAACAAAUGCUCCAGGUCUCAUCCGUACCAUCUCUGCGAUGGUCUUCCCUGUUGGAUUGAUCAUGGUUGUCCUUACGGGAGCCGAUCUGUUCACAAGUUAUUGCAUGUACAGUGUGGUCGCUUUAUUGCAUAGACGUUGUAGCCUUUUGGAUUUGUUGAAGACUUGGUUUGUCAGUUUCUUCGGAAAUUUGGCAGGAGCUUUGUUUUUAAUGGCUGUCCUUACUGGUUAUGGCGGCACAUUCGAAUCUGGAGCAUACAAAGAGGAAGCUAUUGCAUUUGCAAAGGGAAAAGCAGUCACGCCAGAAUGGCAUCAGAUUUUCCUCAAGGCAAUUAUGUGCAAUUGGCUCGUCUGUAUGGCCGUAUUUCUCGCCAUCUCCUCCCGCGAAGUCCUCUCUAAAAUCGUCGCCAUCUGGUUUCCUGUAAUGUGCUUCGUCGGUUUGGGAACCGAUCACGUUAUUGCCAAUAUGUACUUCAUCCCCCUCGCCAUCUUCCUUGGAGCACCUGCUCCUCUUACAGUAAACUACUAUAUCUGGAAAUCAAUGAUCCCAUCUCUCCUCGGCAACAUCGUCGGCGGCGGAGUUUUCUGCGGUGGUGUAUACUGGUAUCUUUUCCUCGCACAUGAAACUGUCCCCAUCCAUUUCGAUACUAUCGAUGCGAACACCGCGGUUUACGAACAAGGCGGUCCAAUUCAAAGACAAGUUACAAUUGAGGGAGCAGGAACAGGUUAUGGGCAUGCCCAUAACCCUGAGGUGGUUCCAAACUCGGGAAAUAACGCAAGAAGUGGAAUUGCCAAGGAAUUGCAUCUUGGUGCAGUUGAGAGUUUAGGGAGGAAAAAGGAGGGGAGUGAAGGAAGCAGUGGAAGUGUUUAAUUAGAGACAGUGUCUGAACAGGAAUUCCGGACGAGCGAAAUGAAACCUAGUACGCUAAAGACUGGGCUUAAAAAGGAGAAGGAACUGGUUGCGAUGCGGCGAUACCAUGCAUUUUUUGAUACACGGCGGGACCUGUAGGUGGUGCGCCUUUGCAUAUGAUUUGAAGAUCUUGCUAUUCUGUGUAUAUUUCACUCAUUUUUAACUAUUAUACGUAUAAUGAUAUCAUAAAUUUCUAUUUACAAAUAAUUGA